AUGAAGGUCCUUGCCGGUCUCGUCCAUGUCGCCGUCGCGUCCCAAGUCGUAUUUGAUAGUCACGACCCGCUCAACGAGGAAGUCCUGGGCACUAUCGUCUCGAAAAUGAUACGGCGCAAAGUGACAUUUACGUUGAACACCAAGAUCAUGGAGUUUGAAUCCACCUCACCGGACGUGGCCCCAAUCACGCGGCUGCGAAUCAACUUGUGCCCUUCUGUUAACGGCUUGCCGAGGUGCACCGAAUCGAACAAGCCGGCCACCAUUGCCAUUCACAACAAGACUGGGCUAAACAAGUUGCAUUUGUUAAAACCUGGUCCUUCUCGUCGUCGCAGAGUCGACUCCGAAGUCGAUGCGUGCGAUGGAGUGCAAAUGCGAAAGUGA